CCAAAACGGCGGCGCCCAUAAAAGGCGCCUCUUUUUUGCUUCUUCGAGCUUUACAUUACACAGAGAAAGAGAGCUUCGCGAAGAAGCAGAAGCGAAAAUGGUGCAGCGACUAACGUAUCGAAAGAGGCAUAGCUACGCCACCAAAUCCAACCAAACUAGGGUUGUUAAAACCCCUGGUGGUAGGCUUGUGUACCAAUACACGAAUAAGAGGGCGAGCGGACCUAAAUGCCCGGUGACGGGCAAGAGAAUUCAAGGAAUUCCUCACUUAAGGCCAGCUGAGUACAAGAGGUCGAGAUUAUCCAGGAACCGGAGGACCGUGAACCGCGCCUACGGUGGAGUUCUAUCUGGAGGUGCAGUUAGAGAAAGAAUUAUUCGAGCAUUUUUGAUUGAAGAGCAAAAGAUCGUGAAGAAGGUUUUGAAGAUCCAAAAAGCCAAAGACAAACAAGCUUCUAAGAGCUAGAAGACCCAAGCCACAAAAGUAAACGGCGAUGCUCGAGUUUUAUACACUCGGUGUAAUGUUUAACUUGAUGCUUAAGUGUAGUUCAACUGUUAAAGUGUGGAGAGUUAACCGUCGCGUUGAGUGAGUUAUUCGGUAUAAUUAGUUUUCAGUAACUAUUGUUUGAGAUUUGUGAAAGUUUGACAUUCACAAUCAGUAUUUGGUUGUAUUUUGAAUUUUGAGUUGGUUAAACAGUUUCAAAUUCCGCUUAAUUUGGUAGAAUAAUUUGUUCUCU